GGACCCUGUUCGGAGUGCAUUGACCAGAGAGGAACCAUAGGAGCACCAUCGCCCAUUGUACGCGCAGAAGGCAUCGGCGCUUCGUAGACUGCAGACAGUUGCUCAGGCUUCGACUAGCUAGCGCAAGAAUCGUGAUGAAAGCGCCGUUAGCCUUCCUCGCUUGUGCGUUGCUCGGCGUGGCUGUUGCUCUGCCUACAUCCCUGAAGUCGCCCCAAGGCACACGCAAUGAUGAUGUCCUCACUGCAAAGGACGCACUCGAAACCAUCAAGGAAGCGGUCGAACUAAUCAGAGACUUAACUGAGGAGACACAAGAUCCCGAGGCAUCCCCUAGAAUCGGAGGCAAGUCGCAACUCACUCUGGACGAAAUCAAAGGUGCAAUAAAAGACAUAUCUCAAGGAGCCAAGCCAUCUAAGUAUACCGAGGGCCUCAAAGAAGACAAGACGUCCAAGAAGACAGGACCACAAGAGAGGACCAAGGAUAACACAAAAGAGAAGCAGGUUGAAAAGCCAAGCGACGAGUCGAAGGAGGAAUUCCCGAAACCCGCGAAGGGAAUAGUUGAAGAUGAACGGGAGUUGGACGUGCUAAACGACCAAGUCGAAGUCAGGAAAGACGUUACAACCUUAUUGUCUGACGACGAGAAGAACAAGCAGACAGACGAUAAAAAGGAAGGCGUCGUUCCAUCCGAGGCCAACGAUGACAGAAGUGCUCUGGAACAAGAUAGCCACGGUGACACAAAAUCCGCUGUUGCCCUUGAACACAAAAAAUCGACUGAGCAAGUUAAGAAGCCUGAGGCACAUGUAAUCGCAAAGCGAGGAACUGACCAGAAAUCCUACGAAGACAUCGUAGCAGAAUCGAUACCGACCAAGGAAGAGCAAAAAGAUAUCUCCUCUGCAGUUAAGGUUGAAAAAGAGUCCUCGGACGACAGCAACAACAACAGCAGCAGCAGUGGUUCUCCGUUCAAUCCCAUCAACGUUAUAAGAGGCCUUGCCCGACCUGUUGUGAAUGCCGUUAACAACAUACGAGACGGGGUAGGAGUCGCCUUCGCUCCGGUGGUAGACGCACUCACACCCGGGAAGAACAGUGUGAAAGCGAACGAAUCAUCCGUAGAAGAGAACAACAACACAGACACGCCCCUCGAUUCAAACGACACCUGGAAGAGGAGCGAACUUGUCAGUGAAGAGCCCGUGACCUUCAUUUCUAGUACAGUGCAAAGCAACGCACAAACUACUCACCCACCUCCAGUGAGCCCAGUGGGCCAAGUUGCUGCUGCCGCCGCCGCUCCACAAGGGGGCGAAGGUGAAAGUGGUGGAGCGCCAUUUAACCCUAUCAAUGCCAUCAGGGAAUUCGCCAAACCAGUCAUUGACAGCGUCAACAACGUUAGGGACCAGAUCAGCUCGGCCCUUUCUCCUGUAGUAGACGCCAUCACUCCCGGCAAAAGUGCUCAGAAUACCACCGUCGAAAAUGGAGAACAACCAGAGAGCCCUUUGGAACCCGAAGAACCUGGCCUUUACUCGGAGUCUGAGCGUCAAUACACUAAUUACAAGCUCAUCUCCACGCAUAUUGGUAACGACACGGCAUCCCUGGCAGCCGUCGCAGCCCUUCAGAAUGUCCCAAAGGUGGACUUGUGGAAUCAUCCGCUGGCAAACAGCAACGUCACUAUUCUGCUUGCCCCGGAGCUGAGCGAUAAAGUUGAGGCGAACCUGCGUGAAGUAGGACUCGACGUCACUGUCCUCACUGAAAACCUACAAAGCUGGCUCGAGCGGGAAAAGGUAGAAAACGAACCCGGCUUGUUCUUGGAGCAGAGAGACAUCAACAACUUUGCCUACGAUAAGUACCAUUCCUUUGAAGAGAUCAGUGGCUACGUGGACCUCAUAGCGCAGAAAUACAGCAACAUUGCCACCGUUCGGAACCUUGGAGUGUCGCAGGAAGGAAGACCCAUCAAAGGAAUAGCCUUGAGCACGGGAGGAAGCAAGCCGGUUAUCUGGAUCGACGGUGGCAUACAUGCUAGGGAAUGGAUAUCUCCAGCUUCAGUUGUACACUUUCUGGGUCGGAUGACGUCUGGCUUCGGUUCUGACGCAACAGUGACGAAACUGCUGCAGACAUUCGAUUUCUAUAUCUUCCCUGUGGUUAACCCCGACGGCUACGCUUAUACUUUCAGCUCUGACCGUCUGUGGAGAAAGAACAGAUCAGGUAGCCAGUAUGGCUGCAGAGGCGUAGACCCCAACCGAAACUUCGACACCGCCUUUGGAGGUGCUGGAACGAGCCGGCACCCGUGCUCCGACAUUUAUCGCGGAGCCUACGCUUUUUCGGAGGCAGAAAGCCGCGCAGUUCGCGAUGGGGUUCUGCAACUGGGCUCCAGGGUAAAGGCCUAUGUUAAUGUGCACUCGUAUAGUCAGCUCCUCAUGGUUCCCUAUGGAAACGGCAGAGGCACUUACUCCAGAGACUACGCGGAUCAGAUCGCUGCAGCAAGAGCAGCAUCAAGAGCCAUUCAACAAAAGUCAGGAGUAUACUACCAAGUUGGCACUAUCUCCAACCUGCUGGGUCCGGCUGCGGGUUCCUCCGUGGACUGGGCAUACGAUGGAGCCAGAGUUAAGUACUCGCUCGCUGUGGAACUCCGCGACAAGGGCCAGUUCGGAUUCUUGCUUCCAAACCACCUCAUCCUUCCAACAGCUGAAGAAAUUUUCGAGGGCCUAGUGGCUUUUACCAAAUAUAUCGCGAGAAGAGAACUCAAUCAGGAGAUCUCGGGAAGUACGAUAGAAGGCUAAACACACCUGCAUUGUCGAACAGCGUCUGUAAGCAUGGGGAAGGUCAAUAUGGUUGUGGGAGGGUUUUUCGUCUUUUCAAGCAUGUUUGCUGUAUCUGGAGUGAGAGUUCGAGCUCCAGUUCGUGGUGCUGCGGAAGCUUCGUUUAACUCCAAGUCAGAGAAGUGCGCUGGAAGUAGCUGAAGUAGCAGACGGAAGGCUGUCGCAUGCUGUGUGAUGGGAUAAUCACGUAAAUAUUUGACAAAUAAAGCGCAUUAGUGCAACAGCA